UUUCCCACGCUCCACGCCCCACGCCCCGUCCUUUCAGCUUCUAAUCUGUUUCAUCUUCCAAAACAAAAAAACCCAUCUCCGUCUCUUCCAUCUCGCCGGCGACGGCGUGCCAAGAUGGCGCAGCCCGACGAGGGCAACGAGGCACUGGAUCGGGAGACCACCUCUCUGCCCACGGCUACUCCAAUCAGGCAAUUUCCAACGAUUUCGAUAACUGGCCAGCCCUCGAUGAGCAGCACACCGGCGGCCUCUGCAUCAGAAUCCUCUCUGCCCACAGCUACUCCAACCAUGCAAUUGCCAAGAACUGAGACUAAUGGCCAGCCGAGAAUGAGCAACACACCAGUGAAUAAUCAAGACAUACAAGAUGCAGAUAAUGUUCCAAGAGUUGGGAAGUGCUUUCAGUCUGAAGAAGAGGCGUACCAAUUUUACAAUUCUUAUGCUCAAACCAAGGGAUUUAGCAUUAGGAAGUGCCGCUUGAAGUUUAAGGCAGAUGGGACUUUAAGUUCCAGAUAUUUUGUUUGUAGCAAGGCAGGUGUGAAAAAUGCUAAUCCAACACAUGUGGCCAAGAAAGAACAAGCUAUUUCGAGGACUAAUUGUAUGGCUCGAGUUCAAUUCAGCAUCAAUCAAGAGGGAAUUUGGACUGCUCAGAAAGUUACGCUCGACCACAAUCACCAGCUUGUAAGUCCAGAUAAGAGGCACAUGCUUAGAUCGCAGCGUCAACUCUUACAUGCCGAUCGCCACAUGAUUAAGCAAAUGAGGACAUCGGGAAUUAGACAAGCCGAAAUUUAUGAUUUUUGCGAGCUUUGGUAUGGUAAAGAUGCUAUACCCUUCUUGCAAAUGGAUUGCAACAAUUAUUUGCGAAGUGAGCGCUCAAAGUAUAUGGAAACCAAAGAUGCACAAACAUUAAUGGAGUAUCUAAAGAACAAGCAAGCUGAGGACCCUUCGUUUUUCUAUGCCAUGCAGUUAGAUGAUGAUGAUGGUACAAUAAUGAACAUCUUUUGGACUGAUGGACAAGCUAUCAUGGACUAUUCUGUCUUUGGAGAUGCCCUUUCCUUUGACACCACAUUUUCAACAAUGAUGCCAUUUAGAGCUCCUGAACGAAUAAAAGGUUCAAAGCAAAAAAAGAUCAAAAGAUGUGCUAGAGGGAGCAAAGAAAGGCAAAAAAAAAAGGAAAAGGUACAAACUAUCCGGCAAAGGAGUCCGUGUUUGUGCCGUCCGUAGCUGGCCCUUCCGAAUAUGAUUUUGGUGGUACUAUAAAUCCAUCAAUAUCCAUGGCAUUUGGAGAGUAUCCAUCAUUUUUAGGUCAACCUAUCCAAGGAGAAUUCACAAGACUAUUGGUUGAAGCUCAUGGAGAUGGCACAACACCGCCGGCGCUCGUCAACUGGAUUUCAGCGGUGGUGCUAGUACAUCAAGGUUUCAGCCAUGACGAGCCCGAUCGUGCGUUGAUGCAUAAUGUCUUGUUGGUUCCUCAAUGCUAGUUAGCUGGGCAUGUCAGCUAUAUGGUUUAUGUAUUUGGUUUACAUAAAACUGGAGCUAUCCUUUUAUUUUGCUGCUAUGUGUGUGUCA